AGUGACCGUCAACGCUGCAUCGUGACACAUUCCAGGUAGACUAUCGCAAGCCUACCGCCGGGGAAUAUGGUCUUGCGCUCAUCGUCUCAGAGACAUCGAAUCUGGGCCCAAACAAUGUUAAAGGGCUGAUCUCAACAUCUACGCAGCUUCCGUUGACAUUCGGUGAUCGACAACGAUGAAAAUGCACGACGACCUUCCCAUAAUCAACUUCAGCACCAAGAAAUACGUCUCGGCCGCCGAUCUCAGCCGCAUCCGAAGCCAUGCUCAGCAGCGAGUGCAAGACCAACGGCUCGCGAGGAGAUCAAAGAGCGAGGCCGAUCCCGAGCUGAGGGCUGCGAAGAACUCGCGCGACGCAUUACUCCGAGGCGAGCAAGCCGGUCAGCAGUCUUUCACGUUUGCGCUUGAGCCGAAACCUCGCGAUGAAGUUACGACGCCCAGUACGUCUACAGCUCCCUCUACGAAACGCAGGAAACGCACCGUCAAGAAGCAGUCAGCGACUCCCGGGUCGGAAGGGCACCCGAUCGUGAAGCGAGAGUCACAUUCGUUAAGUGCGUCGCCAGGAGAGAGACCCGAUCCUUUCGACAGCUUUCCGAUCACGAUUGAUGCACAAUUCAUGGAGCUGGCAGAGGGCUAUCUUCUUGGUUGGAAAUGGCCUCACGCAAAGGAGCUCCUCUUCCGCGAAACCAUGUCGCAGCCGAUUCUUGUCCACAGCUUUCUAGCCAUUGCCAACCAUAUCUGGCGACGAGAUGAGUGGAAGUCAAUGUGGCACGAGAAUGUGGCUAUAUCACAUAUGCGGAACGGUCUUGCGAUUGUCAAUACCCUGAACCCGCAAGAUCGCACGCCGCUCGCGCGUGCUUUGACCUGGGCCAUCAUUAGACUGGCGACUAUCAAGAUUAAUCAAGGCCAACUGGAGACGUCCAUUAGCCAUCUGAACGCACUCGCUCUCAUAGCGCCUGACAUGACCGAGUGGGAAGGAACGCCAUUCGGUGGCCACUUUCAGACUGCAACAGCCAGCCUCCUCCUCGCCAACUACACUCAAUCCACCCGCGUCCGCAAAUCUCUUCACCUCCCUUUCGGACCCAUGACUACCACCGCGGUCUCCGACGUGACCUCCACCGACUUCUUCAUCCCAUCAAAUGCAAUAAUGCUUGCUCCGAUACUGUCCACCCUGCUUUCCGCGUCCCUGAUCGAUGCUCUGACCGCACUGACCGCUCUUUACAACACCACCGCCGCCGUCUCCUCCCUUCCACACACACACACUGGCGUCCAAGCCCGCGAGGCGGUCAAGAUCUCCCUCCGCCUCGCACGCCUCGGUCCAGUAGAGCACGAACCCUUUCCGAGCCCCGGACGUAGCUGGCAGCUCGAAUUUGCGGAAUGCGUACGCUUGACGGCAUUGCUAUUCACAUGGGAGUUCGGCAGGAACUCCUCCUCACAGAACGAUACGGUCGCUUCAGCUAGACGGCACAAUCGUGCAUUCUUGACUGCGAGGGUGCUGGGCCGGGUGUUCGAUGAAGUCGAGUGGAAGGAAUCUGAGGACCGACGAGCUGUCUCGGAUUUGGUGCUGUGGAUGCUCGUCGUUUGCGGCAGUACGACACCAAUACCCGAGGAUCGAAUCUACUACGCGAAUCUGGCGAGAAUAUACUUUCCCGACUCGUGGAAAUGGGGAUAUGAGGAUGUGCAGAGGCUGGGUAGGGUGCUACCUUGGAUCGAACCGCCGGAGGAUCCACCUGCUGAGGCGUGGUGGGAGAUUGUGAGGAAUCCUGAUUGGGAGGCGGGUAAGAAGGCUUGGAAGCAAGAGACUGGUGCGCCGUUGUUGUUGGGGUACAUACCGAUUACGCCGGGAUUGAAGGCACGGAGGAUGCAGAGUGAGGAGGCGAGGGAUGGGAAGAGUGAGCAGGAGGGCGAUGAUGAUGGAGGAUAG